UUCAGCGAAAAAGAUGCUUUUUUUUUUGGAUUCGAAAAAGUCUCACUCGAGCGGUUCGAUCACAUGGGGUGACGAGCAGACGGGGACGACGCCUCUGAUUCGUUUUUCUUUUAUUUCUUGGUUGCUUCCUUCUAUCGUGUUAUCUUUCUUCUCCUACGCUGCUGCUGCUAUUAAUAAUGACGGGAGUAACGGUGGUUCGUGGGGUUGCAGGUUCUUUCGGGGAAGAGCAAUAGCUGCGAACGCGUUACGCAUAAAAAGAAAGUAAAGGAGCUGCCUUUUUUUCUCCUCUCUGCGGCUCUUCUGGUCUUUGUUUGCCAAACCAUUUCUUUGUCUCUGCUCGAUACACCUCUUUUUCCAGUCUUUUUUUCUUUAGUUUGGUUCCACAACACCUCUCUUUUGUAAUCUUCUCCGAGGUGAAGAAAACCACCUUUUUCUCUUCUCGUCUCGUCUUCUGCUUCUUUUCUUCCUCUUUUCUCCGAGUACUCUUACAAAGAAGAAUAACUUCUCUUUGGUUCUCCGGGCCUCGUUCUCUUCUUACCAUGUCCGGUGAGAUUUGGCACUCGAAGAAGGAGAAAGAUGGUUGAUUUUUCAGGAACUUCCAGUAUAACUCAUCAAUCUUCGCAUGAGAAGCAGGCAGUCGGUCAAAGUUAUUCGGAGAAUGAAAUGCCAUUAAUCUCCAAGUGGUGGGCAGACACCUCUCACCUCUCCUCCAUUAACGAUGGACAAAGAGGGUCUACAAGCGAGAGAGGAUCCAGAGGAAGGAAGACUGUCAUCUUGGAGAGAGCUUGAAGGAGAAGAUGGAAGAUGUAUUCCCAGUUGGCCAAGAAUCAUUAGAGGAUAAACACAAGAAGAAUAAUGCUGGGGUUGAGAACGACAACCACUACACCCUGUCGGAAUGCAAAUUGGACUGUGAGCAUGUCACCAUCAAGCUACCGUUGAUUUUGGAUAUCAAGCAACCCAAAAGAUGUCGAAGAUGCUGCCAGUUGCAUAAAUCUUGUUCUUGCACCAAUCAAUUCGUCCUGUCGAAUUCUUUCGAUUUCUCCAGUGGAACUGAGGAGGCGGACUUCGGUUUGGAGACUCUCCGUAUUUUUUGCCGGAAGAGUUCCUCGUUGACUCUCCCGGGCCUCAAGUCAAACUCUAAACAGCAAAGGAAAUCACGAAGCACACACAGCGUGACUGAUCUCGUGGCUGAAUGUUCUCCUGUAGCUCGAUCAGGAAAUAUAGUUGUGAGUCCUUGGAACAGACGGGUAUUUGAUUCGAUAGAAGCAACUUUGAGAUCGAGAGGCCUCAUGAAAAGCCCAGUAAUUCUUGGAACAACUUCACCAGAUGAUGACAUGAAACGGGUUAGGACAAAAUCAAUCAGCUUAAGCGAUGCGAAAUCCCCCGAGUCGAUAUCCUUUCAUUCUGGGCUUCAGAAUUCAACAUCGGGCAGUCCCAGAAUAGUGGCCACACCUUGCAGAAGGCAAAGUUCCGAGUUAAGCAUCUCCCAGGAGAUGCCUUCUUCUUGCUCAGAUACAUCGUACCGGACCGAUUCAUCUGCAGGCUUCAAUUCUGCACUGCUUCACUGUGUUUGGGAGGAUGGAAAUCCUUACUUUGUGUUCUCUGUGGGCGAGGAUCAAGCUGAUGUAUACAUGGCCAGUCCUCAUAAGACCAAGUCUUCAGCUGACAGGGCCCUGGAUUACAUCUAUCUGUUCCAUGCAUGCAAGAACAACAGAAAAAAAUCAGAGUUCCAUCUUCAUAAUGGCUCAAUAUUUGUUGCUAAGAUGAAGGUGCGAAGUUCUCUAGUUCUCAAUUCCAGCAGAACUAAAUUUGUAGAGUCUGAGUUUGUUCUGUCUGCUGCUAAAGAGGACUCAUUCAAUGAAAUGCAAAGAUCCUCUCCUUGUUUCACCAAAAGCAAGGGGAUGACCGGAAGGUUGUCUGAGAUAUUUAGGCGAAGUCAUCGGUACAAAUCCAACUCCAUCAAAAGAGUCGGUGGUGGAUUAAGCUGUCAGGUUGAGGACCUGCCACAAACGUAUGCGAGCGAGUUAGGAAUCAUCGAUGAAACAGGCUGCCCAAAGCUCCCAUCUGAUGAUAUUCCACACAACCUCGAGUUGGCAGCAAUAGUCGUGCAAGAUUUUGGGUACCAAAGCAAACAUUUAGCAAGCUUUGAUGGUUGGGGCCUCAAGUUUCUUGAGAAAGCUGGAACUGAUUCUUCUCAAGGUCCUCCAUCUUCUUCUGCUAGAUACAAGGAAAACUACACGGAACACAUGAACUCAGACAGGAAUGUGAGCGUUCUACUCCCAGCCGGAUUUCAUGGUGGUCCAAUGGCCAGAGCUGGUGGCCCUUCCAGUCUCACCGAGAGAUGGAGGUCCAAUGGACAUUGCGACUGUGGUGGAUGGGAUGUUGGGUGUCCUCUGACAAUACUUCGCAACAACAACUCCAUCUAUUCAGAAGGACUAGCAGAAACAGAAGAUGAUUGUAAGCCUCUCCGCCUUUUCAUAGAGGGUGCAAAGCAAGAUGGACUCACUUUCAGUUUCAGAAUGUUCAGUGUGAGCAGAGACGUCUACAUCGUUUACUUCCAGCCAACUCUUUCAGCUCUGCAGUCAUUCUCCAUAGGAGUAGCAAUGAUCCAUUUAGAGUCCUCAGAUCUGUGUCCACAAUGGUGACAAGUAUCAUACUACGUUAACCCUCUUUUUCUUUUGUGAUGUUUCCAUAUACAAGUGAUAAUACAGAUGUGUAGCAUUCUUUAUCCCCUUGCAAUUUUCUAGACUGAUGUUUCCAUCUACAAGUGAUAAUACAGUUCUUGCAAUCGGACUA